AGUCUUCAAGGGUUUUGAUCUGUUCAUUCUGGGCAGCUGUGUUUGCUGGCAGUCUUGGAGUGCACUCGUGUCUUGCCUUCGAAGCAAUGCAAGGCGUUUGUGCGCUGGUGAGGCCAAUCGCUUUCGCUGCGCCUUUACCGGUCAUGUCGCUCACGAUACCCGAGCGUGCCAUCACUCCGUUUUCCUUCCGUCCUCUAAAAGUUACGGUCUCUCAUCAGCAUUUUGCCGCCCAUCUAGGCUUCGAAAUCUUGGGCUGCCAUCUUCUCGAAUCCUUCGCCGAACACCAAAACUGGGACGUGUCCCACUCCGCUUACGAGGUCAAUGUCAUGACGAUAAUGUAUCUUUCCAUAGACGACAUGAGUGCUUGGGCAUGUAUUUAUUGCAGGUUAGAUUGGCGGUUGAAUUCUCCACUUAACUCCAGCCCCGACUUGUGAGCAUGUGAUCUGUUAAGUCUUGUAAUGCAACAGUGUCGACACGUCCGCAAACAUAUUUGUGGAGGUGAGAUGGGACGUUGAUGAUCGCCGUUGACGUCGAUCACUCCCGAGUGGCUGACAGGGUAGCCCUGUUCCCGCCCCUCAUACGUCACGUCCGACCUCGAUAUCUU